UGUACACGUAGAUAUGACAAUUUGAAUACCGGGCGUAACAUUUGGAAAUAUUUGAUUUCAUUUUUUUUGGCUACAGUAAGUUUGGAAAAGCAUUGACAUCUUCAUACGAAAUCGCGAAUAAAAUUCUUUAAAAUGGUUUCACAGGUUUUAUGCCAUCAUUCUGCGAUCAACAGGUGGCAGCAACAAUUGAGCUUAAAAAAUGCCUGGAGUUGUUGAUAACCAUGAUUUUCUCCAAAAUACGGGUACUCGAAAUAGGGUUGUAACUAAUUCAACUGCAGAAAAUCACCUUCCUUCCGACAUGAAGGGCGGUUCCAGAAACAGAUAUCCUAAUGGAUAUAAUUCUGAUCAAAUGAGUGAUGUAACUGAUGAUAGCCCACGUUAUUUCUUAGAGCACUUGGCAACCUUUUCAGUUGGAUCUGAUUUUGGAUUAGUUUCUCCUAAAGAUGGUCUCCGACGUUUAUUACAAAUGGAGAAGAGUAAUGGAAUAUGGACUCAAAAAAUGCAAAUGAAACUUGAUAAAAAUUGGGUCCUCAUUCUGGAUUAUGAAGAUGGGGAUGUUGUUGAAAAAUUUCCGAUGAACUUGAUAAGUGAUCCAACUGCUUAUACCAGUGAUGACCCACGGGAACUCUAUAACAACAUUUUGAUUUUCAUUGUCAGAGAAGAUCCAAAAAGCAAGAGUCCAAAUCAAUCCGAGAUGCACAUUUUUCAAUGUGCAAGAGUUUAUGCUCAAGAUGUUGUUGAUGAAAUGAAAAUGUUUAUGUCUGGUAAAAUCAAAGCAAAAACUGCUGAAAAUAUUAGGCAUUUACCUCCACCUCCUCAUAAUCCACCUCCUGAUCCACCUAUUAAUGGUAAUAGUUCUAAGGUUCGUGACCACGUCGCAAUGUUUAGUGCAUCUGCUUCUUCUUCCGCUAUGCAUCCACCCAAUGCAAGGGGUCCUUCUAUUUUGCAACAGAGAAUAGAAAGAGCUACAGGCUAUGCUCGUGAAUCAAAUGAUGAAACAAGUUCCACCACUAGUGACAAAUAUGAACGGGAAGUUACUAUUCUGAAUCACUGUUUUGACGACAUAGAAAGGUUUGUUGUCAGAUUGCAGCAUUCUGCAGCUGCUUUUAAAGAGCUUGAGCGAAGGCAAAACAAUCGUAAACAUAAGAAAAAAGAUAUGGGAGAUGGCAUGCUGAGUAUUAGAGCUAAGCCACCUCCUGAAAGAGAAUUUGUAGAUGUGUUACAAAAAUUUAAAUUAUCAUUUAACUUACUAGCUAAAUUGAAGAGUCACAUACACGAUCCCAAUGCUCCUGAAUUAGUUCACUUCCUGUUUACUCCCCUUGCAUUAAUAAUUGAUGCAGCUCGUGAUUCUAAUCACAAUGCUAAUUUGGCAGCUAAUGUAGUCAGCCCUUUGCUCACUAGAGACGCUAUUGAACUGUUAGCCAACUGCUGCACUUCAAAAGAAACAGAUCUGUGGCACAGUCUCGGUGACUCCUGGAUUAUUCCAAGAGACCAGUGGAAAGGCUAUGAGAGUAGUUACAGGCCAGUGUUUUCAAAUGGAUGGGCGCCCGAAAAUCCAAUUGACGAUAAUUCAACAGCCCAUCGAAUGCAAAGGCCAGAACCUGAUGUGAGAGAGCAGGACUACCAAAGGGUGUUCAGCCAUCCUGAACGGGACAGCCGCUAUGGCAGUGAGUACUUUGGUAGUGAGAGAGAUGAUCAUGAAAGAGAUGAAUCACCAGGUGUUAUCCCCGAACACCCUCACCUUCGCCCAGCCUAUGAUCGUCAGUAUGAACAUAUGCCUCCUGAGGCUAGAAGAGAUUUCAUUGAUAGGGCGAACGUAAUGUCACCAGAAUCAGAUUUCCAUGACCCCAGGGAUCGAGACAUGAGAUCUGAAUUCAGCUCAGAUUCCAUUGAACAUCCAGAACUGUCUUUGAGUCCGGAGCGUCAGUUUGACCGGCAGCAAAUGCAGUGGCUGGAAGAUCUGAAAACGCGAAGAGCUAAAAUUGUUCAAGUUGUAUAUCCAAGGACAGCUAAUAAUGAAAAAGAGCUCACUGUUAUACGGGGAGAAAUAUUAGAAAUUUUAGAUGAUAGUCGAAAAUGGUGGAAAGCUCGAAACAUGAGGGGCCAAGUAGCUCAUGUUCCUCAUACCAUUGUCACACCUUAUCCAUCACUUGAUGACGAUAUGUUUCAUAAUUCAGGAUUUGGAUCCAGAAAUAGUAGAGAAAAUUACUAUAGCACUGAAGGUUCACCGAUGAAAGAACAAUACGUUGAUGAGGGAAGCACUCGAUCGCAAGAGACGUCUCGGUCUCCCACAUCAGGUAUGUCCCGUCCCGCACCAGCCGACUGGAUUAGACGCGAGCGCCAGGGUAAGAAAGGGGAAUUCCAAAACACUGUUACUGCAAACAUCCCCAGGGUUCCAAUUACCAGGAAGAAGGAGAAUGAGUUUGAGUCUCCGUUGCCAUCCCCACCACCCGAACGAACUUCGUUUCCAUCCAGUCAAGAUACGAGUCCACAAAAUUGGCUUCCACCACCACCCGAACAUGACCCUACUUUUCAAGAACAAGAAUCCAUCCCUCGAAUGAAAGCUACAGCUCAUUCGAAAGAACAAAAGAAUAGCUCCACAAGUGCACCCCGUUCCCAUUCCAUACCUUCUUCGAAUGUCGCCAAAGGUCAGAAUCAGCCUCCCAGCUUUAAAAACAAUGUCCGAAAUCACCGUGCCAAAUCUUCGGCUGAUGAAACAGCAGAUCUUUUCCAAGAAGAACUCAAAGCAUCCAUUGCCCAGAAAAAGGGCCAGCGAGUUUGGAAGAAAAUCACGUGUCCUGAGCAUGAAGUGACUGACUGCUUUUACAUUAAUCUGAAAUCUUCUACUGCUGAUGUCAUACACUGGUUGAAUCUAAAAGGAUUUAGUGAAAGAGUUCAAGAACUUUUAAAGGCGAUGUCCACCGAGAUGCUGUUCAGUUCUAAGAAAGCUCAGUUGGAGAAGUAUCUCGGGGAAGAAGGAGUCAAACUACACAGCCACUUGUUGAUACAGAAAAAUAUGUGUGGGUAUAAAACUAUCACUUCUGAGGAACUGAAAAGCAUACUGGAUGAAAGAAGACAAAAGGUUGAAGAUGACUGACUUUUUAUUGCUUAAGAUAUUUUUAAUACAAAGUUGUUUUAUUGAAAUCUGUUCAAAUACUCAACGUUAGGAGCCAUUCAUUAAUUACAUAAGGAUGAUUUUGGCAAUUUUCGACUUUCCUCCCCUCAUGUAAAGGUACGUAAGAUUUUUCAACCCCCACCCCCUAUUCUUAGGUAAAAUUUAUUUCGUAAAGUAACAAAUCUUACAUCACUGGAAUCGAAAUUAAAUUCACUAUUUUCAAAUUAAGCCUUUUGUGUAAAGAAAUAUUUAUUAAAAAUUUGAAAUUUAGACUGACUGUUUUUUCGACAUAUUUUUUUUGUACAUGAUGCGAUACUAAUUAAAAAUAAAACUUGCCAUUCAUAGCGUGAUUCUUUUAUUACCUUUCACACUAUUCAUUCUUUGUAAAAAAAAAAAACUCAUCCUAGUGCGUUUUUUACUUUUCAGACUCAAAUGAAAUAUAAUCCCCGUCAAAACAUUUUGCCGCGCAAUUUCUAAUGUAAAACAUCAACUUGAAAAAUAUUACCCGUAAGAUUAAACUCCCCCCCCCCUCAAGUAAGGGUAUAUAGAGAUUUUUCUACCCCCUACCCCUCGAGACCCUUACGUAAUUAAUUAAUGGCCCCUUACUGCUAAAAUAGCCUGAGAUUACGUCAUCAGAUUCUUCCUCAUUUUCAUGUUAAAUUUUUAUGUGUUUAUUUCAGUCUAAUUAUAUAUGUUCAUAGAAUAAGUUUUGUGCACUAUUGAAAUAGGUAAUGAUUGUAAAAAGUAUUUUUAUUUAUGAUUUUCUAUUUUAAAAAUUCAAGAAAAAUUAUUUUACAGCCAGGGGCGAAUAAUUUUACAUUCAGGAGGAGAGGUCACAGAAGGUCAUUGUGACCUCCCAAAAAAUAUUCUCAUUCGGCGAUUUUUGUCUGACAAUUCGGCAAAAUAGGAGACAUAAUUGCAAAAUUCCAAUUUUUAAGUGAUCAAAUGAGGCAGCGAGAAGUAAAGGGAUAUAAUUUUGAGUAAGCUGUAAUUUUGAGUACUCAAAUUUUGAGUAAAACGCAUUUAAAGAUAACAUCCUACGUUGGUUUUCAUUGAUUUUUUUUUUUUCUAAAUCAUGCUGUACAGCAGCUCCUACCAGGGCUACUAGUACUAUCUCUUGCCCCAAGACAGAGGAGAGGUUCAAUUACUAUAUGUACUACUUAUCUCCAAAUUUUUAAUUUUUUGCCAUUUACAUCCCUUUACUUCUCACUGCCUCCAAUUUCCUUUUCAUUAGUUGUACGUAUGUUCGUGUACUCGCAUUUUAUCAUUCGGCAAAAUUUGAAGUUUCCUCCUCACAAAACUUAGGGUGUACCUGGUUGCACCGUUGGUAUGCAUUACUUAGUUACGAAUUCGAAAACAAUUAAAUCAAUAAAUUUUUGGCCAGAAUUGAGGAAAGACUUUUUUCCCCCUUUUGAGUGAUGUAUUUUAAUUCAGGUCAUAUUCCCCUGUGAAUCUUUUUAGUAAUAAAACUGUUAUUGUCGUUUAUUGCAGGUAAAAUGGAAUCGAUAAUUAUGCACUGUUAGGUAUUUUUAUCGUGUCUGAGUGCCUCAUAAAAGGAAAGGUUCAAUGAUAUAUUUAUUUUUCAUCAGACUAUAGCCUACUUCUAAGAAAUUUAGCUUUGUAGAUUUUAAAGUAGAAUUCCAAUGUCCAUGUCAACUAUGUGUACAUUUUUGAUGCAUUCUGCAUACAUAGCAGAAGUGAAAAAAAAAUGUCAUAACUCGUUUAAAUUGUUAAAAAAAAAAUAAUAUCUGGAGUACUUUUAAAACCCAUCUUUUUUUUUGUACUGUUUAUUCUUUUUCUUCUCUUUUUUUCAUUUUUUAUUACUAUUUAUAAUUUGAAUAAAUCUUUAACUUUUUGGUUUACUCAUUGCUACGUGAGUGUUAAGUUUUUAAUAACAUUUUUCUUGGUGUUUCAUUUGUAAUAUUAUCUUACCCUAGAGCUUUUUAAUGUGUUUUGUACUCAUUUUCACCCGUUUUUUUUUCUUUUUUUUUUUGAAAUAUAAAUCAAACGCGACUCUGCCCCUUACACAUUAUAUGUUUCAUGACUACUUGUGUGCAUAUGUUUACCAAUUUGUAUUUUAAAAGCAUUCCAUUUAAUAACGUUUUCCCCUUUGUUCUUUAUAGAGUUAUAAUAUUUUUGGAUAAAAACUAUUUUAUUUUUAUUCCAUUUAUUUGAAAUAUAAAUUAAACGCGACUCUGCCCAUCACACAUUAUAUGUUUCAUGAUUACUUGUGUGCAUAUGUUUACCAAUUUUUAUUUUAAAAGCAUUCCAAUAAAAGACUUCUUUGUCUUUGUUCUGUAUAGUGUUAUAAUAUUUUUGGAUCAAAAAUUUUUUGAAAAAAUGUUAGAAAUGUUUGAAAGUUCCUAAUGUUUGUAAUUUUUUGCUGGUUC